UCGUUGACCUGGAAGUGUUCCUUUCUCUUUGUCGAGCGUUCACAUAUUGCAAUGUAUUAAUAUUAGUUAAUUUUUUCAAACGCUAAAUCAGCUUACGGUAGUAAUAGCCCUUAGUAAGACAAGGCAUUACGUUUAUACCGUAGUUGUCCGACAGUUUUGAUUUGUCAGUGGGUGUAGCUCCAGAAAGAAGCUUGAAAUUAAAAAGCUAUAAGAAUGAAAUAAUAAUUAGCCUUUUCUUCUCUUCCACUGGGAAUGUUUUUCUUCCUGAAUGGUCCGUACAAGAGAACUUGAGCGAAUCAGAUUGAAGGUCCAAGGAAGAUAGGAAAUGGCUGGUAAAAUAAAAUGGGUAACAGACAUUGAAAAAUCAGUACUUAUUAAUAAUUUUGAGAAGAGAGGGUGGAUUCAGGUGUCCGAGUCUGAAGACUGGAACUUCUACUGGAUGAGUGUACAGACAAUUCGUAAUGUAUUCAGUGUGGACAAUGGAUACAGGCUCUCUGAUGAUCAAAUUGUUAAUCAUUUUCCAAAUCACUAUGAGUUGACCAGGAAAGACCUUAUGAUAAAGAACAUUAAGCGAUACAGAAAGGAUCUUGAAAAGGAAGGAGGUCCUUUGGCAGAAAAAGAUGAAAAUGGCAAAUAUGUCUAUUUAGACUUUGUUCCAGUGACAUUCAUGCUUCCUGCAGACUAUAACCUAUUUGUAGAGGAAUUUCGUAAAAAUCCAUCUAGUACUUGGAUUAUGAAACCAUGUGGCAAAGCCCAGGGCAAAGGAAUAUUUCUUAUUAAUAAGCUUUCGCAAAUCAAGAAGUGGUCACGAGACAGCAGAACAUCUACAUUUGUAGCAGCAUCAAGUGGCAAGGAAGCCUAUGUCAUUUCUUUGUACAUUGACAAUCCAUUACUGAUUGGUGGGAAGAAGUUUGAUUUGCGUUUGUAUGUCUUAGUGACCACAUACCGCCCCCUGAAAUGUUACAUGUAUAAACUGGGAUUUUGUCGGUUUUGUACAGUCAAAUAUACUCCAAGCACAAGUGAACUUGAUAAUAUGUUUGUCCACCUUACUAAUGUAGCAAUUCAAAAACAUGGGGAUGACUAUAAUCAUAUCCAUGGUGGGAAAUGGACAGUGAGCAAUUUACGCUUGUACUUGGAGAGCACCCGUGGCAAAGAAGUCACAAAUAAAUUAUUUGAUGAAAUCCACUGGAUAAUGGUGCAAUCUCUAAAAGCUGUAGCACCUGUAAUGAACAACGAUAAACACUGUUUUGAGUGCUAUGGAUAUGACAUCAUAAUAGAUGAAAAAUUGAAGCCAUGGUUAAUAGAAGUAAAUGCUUCUCCAUCACUUACUUCAAGUACAGCCAAUGACAGGAUUCUGAAAUAUAAUCUUAUUAAUGACACCCUUAAUAUUGUUACUCCCAAUGGUGAAAUGCCAGAGAGCAGGUGGAAUAGAAGUCACCAGAAAGAGGUUCUUGGAAACUAUGAAAUUUUGUAUGAUGAAGAGCUUGCCCAAAGUGAAAAUGCUGAUCGGGACCUAAGGAGUCGAUCUGGUCAGUCUAUAGCAUCCAAAGGAGUAAAAGCAAAUAAUUCAGCAAGGCCUCAUCUUGCCACAUGGAAAUAAUCAACAUUCGAAAGAAAGUGCCUCUGCUUUAGCUGGUUUAAUCCUGGGGAAAGACUAAUAAAAUUCACAGUACUGUGCCUUUUUUAUUUAGGACAAGGGAUCAUGAACAACUUUGCAGCUUUAGCAACUCACUGCCUGGGAUACCUCACCCUGAAAUUUAGCUCACAACUGAAAAUUGCAUGAGGAAUCUGACAACCCUAAACCUCUGGUUAUGCUGAGUAAUUUUAUAGUACUGGGUUACAUGUUUUAUUCUUUUUUUAUCACUAUUAAAAUUUUAACAUACUAGGGGGCUCCGCCCCCUGCUCGCUUCGAUCGCCAACCCCUGUGUUUGGUUAAUCCAUCCAUCCAUCCAUCCAUCCAUUAUCCAGCCCGCUAUAUCCUAACUACAGGGUCACGGGGGUCUGCUGGAGCCAAUCUCAGCCAACACAGGGCGCAAGGCAGGAAACAAACCCCGGUCAGUGCGCCAGCCCACCGCAGGGCGCACACACACACACCAAGCACACACUAGGGACAAUUUAGAAUAGCCAAUCCACCCAACCUGCAUGUCUUUGGACUGUGGGAAGAACCCGGAGCACCCGUUGGAAAGCCACGCAGACACGAGGAGAACAUGCACACUCCACACAGGGAGGACCCGGGAAGCGAACCCAGGUCUCUUAAUUUCGAGGCAGCAGCGCUACCCACUGCGUCACAGUGCCGCUGUUUGGUUAAUCGGAUAUACAAUUUUAAAAGCUUUUUUUUUCUUUGGAAUUGUUUCAAUUUCAUUAGUUGCACUUUUACUUUAAAGGUUUAUUAAAAACAAUAUCUGGAAUUACCUUUUCUUCAAGAUCGCAUAGAAUUUUGAAUCCGUUUUUGAAGACACAUUGUGACAACGGAAUGUAUAACUGCCCGUGAGUGAAUAUUGUUUCUGUUUCUCUAAUAAAUAAUCCGACUUUUUCUAAUGGUUGUCCCUGUGAUUUGUUAAUUGUCAUAGCAAAAGCUAUUCUCAUGGUAAACUGUAAAUAUUUUAAUACGAAUGGCAUAUCACGAGCUCCUUUGGUGUCUAAUGUUAUUCACGGAAUAUAUACAUCACCUUUCUUGUCGCCUGUUAAAAUUUGCAUCACUUCUCCGUCAUCAUAAAUAUACACCUGACCGAAUUGUAUAUUCUUUGAAAUUAAACUUGUCAUUGCUUCAACUGUUGUGGGACCACAGAUUCUCAUAGCGUAUGGUCCAUUAUUGUGUAAAUCCACGUUUUGUGCAUUGAAUGAUACGAAGGCGAAAAGACUUUGUUUUCUACUCUUCGCCUUUCAUUUCUGACCUCGAUUUGUCCUGCUAUUUUUUCAACUACACCUGGCUCUAAUGAUUAAUUACCUUUUGUUUGCGCUAAUGCGAUCUUUACUAUCUUUUUUUUGAUACUGUAGUGACUGAUGUAAUAAAGUGUCACAAAAGUUUUACUUGAACAAUUGCCGACUUCGUAACCCCAAACACAACUGUCUAGCACCCUCUCCAACCCAUCCUCCUCUGGGUCUCGCCUCCCCCUUACCACAUUAAUCAGUACCUCUCUAUCAGUAUUCCGUGCUGUACUCCACAAUCGGACCUAUCAGUCACUUAAAACAAGAAAGGCUUCAACCUGGCUGGGACGCUACAAUACUUUCGAAUUGUACUGCUUUCAUAUUCUGUACCUUUCUCUGCGUGUGUAUCUCACCAUUGUUUAUUUGAGCCUUUAUUUCUGGCCCUGUGCGUGGUUACAUCUCUUUCUCACAAGACGUAUAACGCUGCUCGCGUUGUGAUGGGGGCAGGGGGGUGGGUGGCGGUCUGCUGAAUGCACACUAAGCAUCAGCUGUCUUUCUGCUGCUGGCGAGCUGCAUGUUCUGCUUGUCGCAUGUCGUUGUUUUAAGAACUGGGAGCACGUGAUGCGUGUCUGCCAAAAGCAAUCCAACAACUGCUUGGUUAGAUGUCUGUGGACCCCUUUUAAAUGAUGGCUCACUGCCUUAUCUUGCGUGACGUUGUAAAAACAAUAAUUGUCCUCUAUUUCCGGCCCUGGGCGUGGUUAAAUCUCUUUCUUGCAGGACGUAUAACGCUGCUCCCGUUGUGAAAGAGGGGGGCAGCUGCUGUCACGUCGUGUCUUGCAAGAAUCUCAUGAUCUGUAUCCCCGCGAGAUGCUCCGUGGCCAUUCUCUUUCGUCUCGCGGGUCUUUUAUUUGUCUUUCGUGAUGAUCACAUAUUGUCUCCUAGUCAUUUCAUCCCACAGGAUUUUCUUUUAUAAUAGAGAGAUUUAUUUCAAAAUGUUGUUUAUUUCAUUAUUUAACUUCAAAUAUUUACUGUAUGUUCCUUGCCUUCAAGAUUAAAAUUUUAUUAAAAAAAUUUAAAUAAAUAUACUUUGUUUAAUAAAGAUCUUUUAGAUUGCAUGAAAUAAUUUAUCUUGUAUGUAUCAAAUUAACUAGAAAAUAUGACAAUUUAUUAAUGUGUACUUGGACAGUGCUUUUGUAAUUUACUGAUAACAAUAGUGCAGCAUUUGUAUUUACAAUAAUUGCCACCUGAAUCCAGCUAAUUAGAGCAAAUAGCCACCUUUUACAAUGAUUACUAUGUGAAGCCUCACAAUUGCUUGUAAGGGAGUACAACUGAAAACCUUUGUUAAAAAAACAGAUAGCAGUGUUUAUUUGGAACAAUUUUCUGUUUUAUGUUUCUAAUAAUAUUACAGAAAUUUUUAUAUAAAAGUAUGAUCAAUAUUAAUGGCCAAAAAGUGCACUUUUUAUUUGAAAUAUUACAUUGUUUUGCAAAUGACAUGCUAAAGGGAAAAAAAAAAUUUCCUAUUUCUGUUUAUAUAUUUUUUUUUUUUACCAUUUGUAAGAUUGUUCAUUUUGAAUAUUGAAAAUAUUUGGAUGGACAAAUGUAUGUUCGUUAUUCAGUUGAAUGCAUAGUUUUCUGACUUGUACACCAAAGAAUACUAUAUCAUUUAAAAAUAAAGCUCCUGCUUAUUUA